GCUUGGCGGCGGUUGUUUUUACCCAGGCCUCGGCGCCUAGGCGCUCGGCCGAGGCUGCUCGGCGUGGAAGCGCGAGGCGCGAGGCAGCCAGGAGGGUCCGUGCGGCGCGGGGAACCGGCGAGCGCGCUCUCGGUGUUGGCCGCCGCGAUGUCCGCUCAGUGCUGUGCGGGCCAGCUGGCCUGCUGCUGUGGGUCUGCAGGCUGCUCUCUCUGCUGUGAUUGCUGCCCCAGGAUUCGGCAGUCCCUGAGCACCCGCUUCAUGUACGCCCUCUACUUCAUUCUGGUCGUUGGCCUCUGCUGCAUCAUGAUGUCAACAACUGUAGCUCACAAGAUGAAAGAGCACAUUCCUUUUUUUGAAGAGAUGUGUAAAGGCAUUAAAGCUGGUGACACCUGUGAGAAGCUGGUGGGAUAUUCUGCCGUAUAUAGAGUCUGUUUUGGAAUGGCUUGUUUCUUCUUUAUCUUCUGUCUACUGACCUUGAAAAUCAACAACAGCAAAAGUUGUAGAGCUCAUAUUCACAAUGGAUUUUGGUUCUUUAAACUUCUGCUGUUGGGGGCCAUGUGCUCAGGAGCUUUCUUCAUUCCAGAUCAGGACACCUUUCUGAACGCCUGGCGCUACGUGGGAGCCAUCGGAGGCUUCCUCUUUAUUGGCAUCCAGCUCCUCCUGCUUGUGGAAUUUGCACAUAAGUGGAACAAGAACUGGACAGCAGGCACGGCCAGUAACAAGCUCUGGUACGCCUCGCUGGCCCUGGUGACGCUCAUCAUGUAUUCCGUCGCCACUGGAGGCUUGGUUUCGAUGGCAGUGUUUUACACACAGAAAGACGGCUGCAUGGAAAACAAAAUUCUGCUGGGUGUGAACGGAGGCCUGUGCCUGCUUAUUUCAUUGGUAGCCAUCUCGCCCUGUGUCCAGAAUCGACAGCCACACUCGGGGCUCCUACAAUCAGGGGUCAUAAGCUGCUAUGUCACCUACCUCACCUUCUCAGCUCUGUCCAGCAAACCUGCAGAAGUGGUUCUAGAUGAGCAUGGGAAAAAUAUUACAAUCUGUGUGCCUAACUUUGGUCAAGACCUGUACAAAGAUGAAAACUUGGUGACUAUACUGGGGACCGGCCUCUUAAUCGGAUGUAUCUUGUAUUCAUGUUUGACAUCAACCACGAGAUCGAGUUCCGACGCUCUGCAGGGGCGAUAUGCUGCUCCCGAACUGGAAAUAGCUCGCUGUUGUUUUUGCUUCAGUCCUGGUGGAGAGGACACUGAAGAGCAGCAGCCGGGGAAGAAGGGGCCACGGGUCAUUUAUGACGAGAAGAAGGGCACCGUCUAUGUCUAUUCCUACUUCCACUUCGUGUUCUUUCUGGCUUCCCUCUAUGUGAUGAUGACUGUCACCAACUGGUUCAACUACGAAAGUGCCAACAUGGAGAGCUUCUUCAGCGGGAGCUGGUCCAUCUUCUGGGUUAAGAUGGCCUCCUGCUGGAUCUGCGUGCUGUUGUACCUGUGGACGCUGGUCGCUCCCCUCUGCUGCCCCACCCGGCAGUUCUCCGUUUGAUGAUGUCAGUGGUCCCCUGGGCUCUGUGGGCCUGCACCCUGGAAAGUGCCAUCUUUUGAAUAGCGUCCCUGGGGGUUAAGCAGUGACUAGAGCCCUGUCCCUGAGCAGGUCUGAAAAGGCUUUCAGGAAAAAAAAAAAAAAAAAAAAAAAUCUCCUGAUUAGCUUUUUACUUUUGAAAUUCAAAAAGAAACUAUCAGUUUGUCCUAAAGGAAUUGAAAUUUUCAACUAAACUGAUCAUGGUUGAAAUAUCCUAUCCCUAGAAACUGGAUACUAGUUUUGUUGACUUCAUUCUGUUUGGUUUUGCCAAAACAGAGUUUGGGGCACAGCAUCUUUUCACAGGGAUAAAAAAUACCUUGUGUGGCCAGUCAUACUCAUCCUUGGAAUAGAAAAACAUGCCAAAUCCCCAGCCACUGACAGAAUCCAGACCCUUCUCACUCAACUCCCGCCUCUUAAAGCUUUGUCCCCAGGGGGCUUUGAGGACAGGACUCAGACUGCAGGGCCCCUGAUAUUUAUAGGGUCCAAGAGGAAGCACCUGCUUUUCAACUGCACCCUCCGUGCUGCCUCCUCAUGGCCCCUAAACGUUUCCCUCUGAGGUUGUGAUGCUGGAAAUCACAGACUUCACUCUGCCCGCACCCUUCCCCAAGGUCUCAUCUCUUCUGGGUCCCACAUCUUUGUAAGAAUGUGAAAAAGCACAAUUUGCCUGGUCACCCCCCAACGUGGUUCUCCACCAUAUUGUCACUACCUGAUCCUAGUUACUGCAAAAGUAUGGCGCUUUUUUAUGGUGUUAGUCACAUGAUUACAGAACAAGAUUCGUGUUGUUUUCUUUGCCUAACCAAUGGAGGGCUAUAAUUCUUACUUGUGUGUGCUGUUGAUAAUGAUCAUACUUUUAGGACCUUAACUGAAAAGCUGCUUCCAGUUGAAGCCUGCUGCAUGCACUGCUCUUUCAGUUGUUGAGGUCAGCUCCUCAGUUUCUUCUCCACCUUGAGGCCUUUGAAACUGUAAAAGCGGAAGGGCUUUUGGGUUCUGUAGCUGUAAUGUAGCUGUAAUGUGACCACACCAUUCAAGUUCAUUCUGGUGAACUUGGAGUAGAUUUGCUAAAGAGAGAAUUUCUGAGGUGAGGAUCCCAGGCAGCACCUCAGACACUCUGACCCAGGGAAGCGUGCUAGGAAAAGUGUGAAAGUGGCCAAAUAUACUUAAAGACAAGUAGGGGGAGGCGAGUGGCUCUCUUGAGGUCAGGAGUUCAACCAGCCUGGUCCACACGGUGAAA